UUUAUUGUAAACUUUCAUAAAAACAUUCGACUCAUUUUGGUGGCUGUUCUUUCAUCUCUCGUUAUCAUUGUGGAACCAGAAUCUCGUCAAAAUGAGGAUUAAAAUGACUGGUGGAUCACCAUGGGGAUUUAAAAUGACAGGAGGGAGGGAUUUCAGGCAGCCACUAGCCAUCGGAAAGGUAACAGCUGGGAGCAAGGCAGAUCGCGCUGGAGUAGUUGAAGGCCAUCACAUUAUAACUGUGAACGGAGAAGAUGUGACAACUCUUGCGCAUCUCGAGGCUCAGAAUAAAAUUAAAGCUGCCAAAGCUACGUUGACUUUGGAAAUAUCAAAUGCACCUGUAUCUGUAUCUAAGCCUACAGAAGCACAAACAGCAUCUUUAAGUUCCUCUUACUCUCCCCCGUCAGCACCGCAACAGACAUACAACGCUACUUCUCCCACUGCAAAUAAAAGUUACUCAGCUACAAGUAAUUACUCUUCCAAUAAAGGAUAUUCAACAGCCAACAACAAGCCAACGUACAACUCAUCAUACAACGUUUCUUUGACCCCUAAAUCACCUUCUAAAAUGUCGACCCCACGUUCCCCAACGUACUCUUCACCGCACAACAAACAACCGAGCUUUGAAGAUAAAAAUGCUACUCCAGAUAUUGAAUACCGGCCAGUAGAUUCAAGAGAUUCAUACCGAAGACUAUACGAGGAGAGUCAAGACUCUGAAUGGCAGCCCACUGCACAUCAGUCUACCCUGCAGUCCCCAUCCAUGAAGGCUUUAGCAAUGAGCAGUGGGAGCUAUGAAGCAACUCACGUCCCAGAGGACGAAAAACAGAAACUUAUCGUAACGGAAGAGAUCCGUGACAUGAUUCUUGAAGCGGAAACUGAAAAGCAUAAUGGGCAUCACCCAUCCAUGCAGGACGCUGCAUUACGACCAACCGGAAUCAAGGUUUAUGAUCCAAGUCAGAAGUAUACAAGCAGGCCAACAAACAGCACCCCAUCUCCAGCCCCUUAUUCACCCGGCACCAACAACUACACCCAACCCCCAAAUCACUCCUCGCAGUCGAGUUACGGCUCCCAGUCAAGCACAGGGUCUGGCCCAACUUACUCAUCUCAGCCUCAGCCUGCUAAGUCGAAAGCAGUCGGCAACAUCAGCAAGUUUCUUCAGUCUUCUGGAGCAAAGCAAGGACAACCAGUGUUUGCUAAGACUCUGGCAGAUCUACAAUGUCCGUUUGGUGAUCCAGCAGUUUUGGAAAUUCGUAUCGGUAACACGUUGCCGGUGCCAACCGUUGCUUGGUAUCAUAAUGAUCGACCAAUCAGAGAAUCGAAGGAUAAAGACAUCAAGUUCUUGAGCAAAGGUAUUGUUCACACCUUAGUUCUGGGCGAGUUUGGACCUGAAUUCCGCGGGAGAUAUAAAUGUGUUUUGACAAAUAAACAUGGGUCUGCGAGCUGCACGUCUACUUUAUCAGAGGAACAACCGCAGGCAAAUAAUAAUGGCGGAUAUGCGCCUGCACCAACCUCACCAUACGGCAACCAAUCUGGUACCAAUCGUGGUUACCAGCCAUCUUAUACCAGUACGUACCAGGCACCAGUCAACAACCAGCGAACCAGCAAACCAAUGGCAAGCAUAUCAGUUGGUCUCUAUUCACAAAACGCCGCAAAUGAAGCUUACAAUGCUCAGACAAGGAAACCAGUUGCAAGAGACGAGCCUGAGGAAUCUGACGUGAUGCGAGCUCUCCGUGAGGAGGGACAAGUCGGCGACGAUAAACCGCAUUACCAGUCCCGAUCAAUGAGGAUGCUGAAUGAAGCACUGAUGCCAGAAUCGGAUGAUCUGUAAACCCUAUCUGGUUGUAUUUGCAUCAAUCUGUAGAAUCUGGUUGUAUUUGCAUCAAUCUGUAGAAUGUGAUUUUAUUUGCAUUCUAAUCUUAACUGUCUGGUUGUAUUUGCAUUCUAAUCUCAACUAUCUGGUUGUAUUUGUACAAUCUGUAGAAUAUGGUUGUAUUUGCAGUCUAAUUUUACCUGAAAUCUGCCAUUGCCCUUCUCUCUCGGAACAUUUGCAUUUGCCACCAUUUGUAUAUUAUGGCUGUAUGUGCAUCUUGAUCGUGCCCCUGGGACAAUAAAUUCAUCUCCUGACUGGUUGCAUUUGCCUAUAUCCAUAAAUCCUAAAUAUGGCUGUAUAGGCAUUCUAAUCCUUUGCAAGAUUCACUAUAAUUAGACUAUGUGUAUAUCCGGGCCAACCCCUGGCUUGACAUGAAACACUGGUGCUCCAGAAGUAUGUGUACCAAUAUGGAGAUAACUAAUUUUGUUCACCUACUUCACAUCAAGUUGUGUAAAGGGACCAUGGGCAGGGGGUAUAUUCACUUGACUAACACAGACAGUCCCUGAACUCGCAAUAGAACUAAAAUAAGGAAAAUCGGAAUAAAAUUAUGACCUAACCCUAACCUGGUACACAUACUACGGGAGUACCAAGUGAAAAUGCACUUUCCAGACAUUUUAUUCUCGACUUCACACUCAGAAUUGAUAAUUGAAUCAAACCCAGGGUAAGUGGAAAAUUUGACCCGUAUUGGCCAAUCUCCCUGUCAUAAUAAAUUUACUUAACAAUGUAUUUGGUUGCCUUCAUCUGCAGACUGCGGCUGUAUGUGCAUCACUAUGUCCUAAAUUGUUUCCUUAGAGCAGUGGUUCCCAACCGGGGGCCCUGACCCACCGAGGGGCCACAGAGGGGUUGGAGGAGGGGGGGCACAAAACUGGUUUUACUUUUCCCUUUUGAUGGAAAACUUUCCGUUCUUCCUAGUUACAUUGCUUGAUAAGGGUGUUUUCACUUUGUUAAAAAUGAAUUGUUUGAACAUAAUGGGAUUUGGAAUCUACCAAUCAAAACACUAUAAAUACCACUGGAAUGAUAAACAGGGGGCAUGAAUGGUUGGGAACCACUGUCCUAGAAAACUAUUCCAUGCUAAACAAUCUCACAUUAAGAGAACCAUUUCGUCUUCCAUCGAGUAAUUGUUAAUGAAUUUAAGAAGCUUUUUAGUCCGCUUUCGUAUUUUUGGGUUGUUUUACCCUCAUUUAUGUUUUUGCCGAAAAUUUUUUAACAAAUCAUGUUAUCCAAGAACAAGAAUUAGCAAAUGUUUGCUAUUGUUCACAGCGCCUUUUGCUUCACUGUUUAUGAUGUAACAAUAUUUUAUUAUUACAUCAUCAUGUGUAUUCAGCAAAGGGUUUUAUGACAUCACAUUGUAUAAUAAAAUUACGUGAUAUACCAAUUAUAUUUAUUACUUUUUGCAAUUUACUGUAAAUUUUAAAUUUUUCAUGUUAAAUUUUAGUCAGAAUAUUAUAUUAUCGGCUUUUAUUACUAAACAGUGUAUUGAUUUUAGCAUUGUGUUAUAUAUUGUUGCAUCACUAUUGACAUCAUCAUUUCAAUGACAUCACAAUGACAUUUUUCAUGUCUCACUGCCCCAUAAUUGUUCCAUAACAAAUAAUUUUUUGUCUAAAAUGAAAUUUUUUUUUUCCGUUUACGCUUGACCACACAAAUUGCUGUACAUUAUUCUGCAGAAAAAUUUUAUAAAAAACAUUUACGUUUUGAACAAUUUUAUACUUGACUCUACUGAAUACUUAAGCUCGAUA